CAAAGCACCAAUUCAAUUAAAUAUUUUUUUAUAUACAGAAAAAGAGCACAUCAAUUAAAGAAUAUACAGAAAUGCGUUUUCUGCCCCUUAUUUGCAUAAAAUUUGGAAAACCAGAGCAAAAACUACUACCGCUACCCCACUCUCUUUAUUUCUCUCUCACACACACACAGUGCGACGAUAAAUCUGUGUUUUUAUGGUGAAAGAGCAGUGUCGGUGGAGGGUUUAAAAGCCAUUAAUUUAUCCAGAAUAGCGGUAAAUUUCUUUGGUGAGAGGUGGAGUCAAUAAAAGGGUGCAUCGCUUCCGUGAAAGGCUGAGGAAAAGUUGAAGCCCACACAGCUCAUGAUUCAGUCCUUUUUGGACACGUAUUAGCCCUCGCCAAGCGGAGCGGUGCGCUGUCUCUCUCCUCUCUUUCUCUCUCUUCCCAAUAUAAAUCUAUCCGUUGGGCCGUCGGGGCCCCAUCUGGAAAACGACGAUAUCAUUCAUCUCCCCCCAUUGCCUACCAAUUUUUCUUCUACACAUAAGCAUUUUUGCUACUGUGUGAUUUGUUUUAGUGUCGUUUUCGGUCUUUGGACCAGAAUUAUGGAAUCAAGGAAUUGUUUUCUUUAUAUUUGUUGUAGUGAGAUAAAGUAACGAUCUUUGCCUGUAUUUAUUACUAUAUCUUGUCACACAGACCCCAAAAAGGGGAGAUGAAUUAUUUAAGAAUGUAGUAGUACUUCUUUAUUUGAUUUUUGUUUGAGGUAAGACUUAAGAGCAUAAGUACUGUACAGUUGUAUUUAGCGUCGACAUGUGAGAUGCUUUUAGUGAGGCUGAUAAUGAGGAUGGUCCCUCUCUCCUGCAUGGAAGCUGCUUUAGUGUAGUGUUCCGAGAUUAAGACUUGAAGCCUAUUUUUUGUAAUAAAACUAGUAUCGUUGAAGUAAUUAAAGAUCAACAGCCAUUAUAUUAUUAUGAGGCAACCCUCUCUCUCUCAAAGCGAUAGCCAUAGAGGAGGAACUAUGGCUGCUGCUCUUGUCCUGCUACUACCCUUUCUUUUUCCUAGCAUAUUCACCCCUUUCAGCCACGCUUUCCCCUCUCUUCUCUCGGAAUGGAAUGCUCCUAAACCUAGACACUCUCGCUUGCUUAAGAGUGCUUUGCAGCGCCAAAGUUCUGAUAGACAACUGGCUGAACUAUGGAUGCCGUUGCCUCAACAACCACUGAAACGUUGUGUCCGAUCAGGCAGUACCUCCACAUUGCCAGAGAAGUCUCAGGGAUAUAUUCAGGUGUUCCUUGAUGGAGGACUAAAUCAGCAAAGAAUGGGAAUUUGUGAUGCAGUUGCCGUUGCCAAAAUUUUGAAUGCGACUCUCAUAAUUCCAUAUCUUGAAGUGAAUCCUGUCUGGCAAGAUUCAAGCACAUUCAUGGACAUAUAUGAUGUGGAUCACUUCAUUAACGUGCUGAAAGAUGACAUAUCUAUUGUUAGAGAAUUACCUGAUGAAUAUUUUUGGAGCACGCGGGAAUAUUACGCUACAGCCAUUCGAGCUACCAGAAUUAAAACAGCACCUGUUCAUGCUUCAGCAAACUGGUAUCUGGAGAAUGUUUCACCUGUCUUGCAGAGUUAUGGAAUCGCUGCAAUUGCACCAUUUUCUCACCGUUUGGCCUUCGACAAUAUGCCGGAGGAGAUCCAACGGCUACGAUGCAAAGUCAACUUUCAGGCAUUGGUUUUUGUUCCUCAUAUCAGAUCUCUUGGGGAUGCUCUUGUUAGUCAUCUCAGAACUUCUCCUAGUUCAAGUGAUGCAGACGGCACUAACUACCUACAGAAAGUUACUGGUACUAGGGACUGGCAAGGGAGUGGAAAGUUUGUUGUUCUCCAUCUUCGUUUUGACAAGGACAUGGCUGCCCACUCGGCAUGUGACUUUGGUGGAGGCAAGGCUGAGAAGUUGGCUCUAGCCAAGUACCGACAGGUUAUUUGGCAGGGAAGGGUGUUAAAUUCUCAAUUUACUGAUGAGGAGUUGAGGAGCCGAGGGCGGUGCCCGUUGACUCCUGAAGAGAUUGGAUUGCUGCUGGCAGCUUUGGGAUUUGACAACAGUACUCGCUUAUAUCUAGCUUCCCAUAAGGUAUAUGGUGGGGAAGCUAGGAUCUCAACGUUGCGGAGUUUGUUUCCUCUUAUGGAAGACAAAAAGAGUCUGGCGUCUUCAGAAGAAAGAGCUCAAAUUAAAGGAAAGGCUUCAUUAUUAGCAGCAGUCGAUUACUAUGUCAGCAUGCACAGUGAUAUCUUCAUUUCUGCUUCGCCAGGAAAUAUGCAUAAUGCUAUUGUGGGCCAUCGAACAUAUGAAAACAAGAAGACCAUAAGGCCGAGCAUGGCGUUGCUGGGGCAGCUCUUCUUGAACAAGAGCAUGACUUGGUCGGAGUUUGAAGAAGCCGUCGUUGGAGGGCACAAGAAUAGGCAAGGACAGUUGAGACUACGCAAACCUACACAGUCCAUAUACACAUACCCUGCACCUGAUUGCAUGUGCAAUGCUUGAGGUACCUUUGCGCCUGCAGCUGUUUACUAUUUAUGAAUAAAUGACGACCCCUUACGCGUUUUAGUUAUAGAGACACAGGCGUGUCAUGACCCCGCACACUCACUUGGAGAUUCAUUAAGGGGGUAGAAAAUCACUGUAAAAAUCUGGGGUUGUAAAUUAUUUAUUUGGGUUUGAAUUGCAAAUUCUUGUGUAGCGGUUAGGAGGAUGAUGCUGGUGUGGUGUAACAUAGUAUAUUUUUAUUAAAUCCUCAUUAUUUUUUCUGCCAUAA